UCAUUAUCUACAACGCUGAUUGUCGUCAGAGGGCUGCGCUCUGCGCUUCGCGUAAGAUGUCUUACAGAGCGGUCGCCGCUGCCACUCCUUUGGCUCGAUCGCUCAUUCGUGCGACCUUUCGCCGAAGCCUUCAGCGUUCCCGAUAUAACCAACCCGCAUUCCGCUAUUCCUCAACAACUGUUUCCGCCCCUCGUCCGAACCCCCAAGAAGGGUCAGCGCUGCCUAACAUCGCUCCUGAUGGGAAGAAGGCGACAACGCCGCAAACACUGACGGAGAAGAUCCUCCAACGCUAUUCCGUCGGUCUUCCAAAGGGAAAGGUUGUCCGAAGCGGCGACUACGUCCAGAUUCAGCCUCACAGAUGCCUCACGCAUGACAAUACCUGGCCUGUAGCCAUGAGGUUCAUGGCCACAGGUGCCACCAAGAUCAAGGAUCCUUCUCAGCUCGUCUUUGCACUUGAUCAUGACGUCCAGAACAAGAGCCCCAGCAACUUGAAGAAAUACGAACAAAUACAGGAGUUUGCGAAGAAGCAUGGUGUCAACUUUUUUGGCGCAGGUCAUGGGAUAGGCCACCAAAUUAUGGUUGAAGAGCUUUUCGUCUGGCCAGGAACCUUGUGCGUCGGAUCUGAUAGCCACAGCAACAUGUACGGAGCCCUGGGAAGCUUGGGGGUGGCCUUGGUCAGGACCGACGCGGCCGGAAUAUUUGCUACCGGGAAGGGUUGGUUCCAGUGUCCCCCAGUCGUGCAGGUGAAUCUUCUGGGUACACUGCCCCCAGGCGUUCGCGGGAAGGAUGUUAUUAUUGCGCUCUGUGGGCUCUUCCCACUGGAUGUGCUGAACCACAGCGUUGAAUUCACGGGAUCGGAGGAAACCAUGGCUAGUAUUCCCAUGGACGACAGACUGACAAUCAGUAAUAUGUCGACUGAGUGGUCUGCAACAUCCGCAAUGUUUCCACUGGAUACGACACUGGAACGUUGGCUCCGAUACAAGGCUACAGAGGCAGCAAUGCUAGAGGAUCGAACGACUCGACAACGAAUUACGCACGAAAAGGUUGAUGAACUCUUUGCAAACCCUCUCCGAGCCGAUGCCGGGGCGCACUAUGCAAAGAAACUUUACCUUGACCUCUCUACUCUGUCGCCCUAUAUCUCUGGACCCAACUCCGUCAAAGUCUCAACACCGCUGCAUGAUCUUGCUCCGAAAAACAUCAAGGUAGACAAGGGAUACAUUGUCAGCUGCACCAACUCACGAAGCUCAGAUCUGAAGGCUGCAGCCAAGGUAUUUCAAGAUGCCGCCGAGUCGAAUGGUGGCAAGAUCCCCAAGAUUGCAGAUGGUGUAAAGCUAUACAUUGCGGCAGCUUCAGCCAGAGAACAGGCCAUAGCUGAGGACGAGGGUAGCUGGCAAGCCUUGGUCGAGGCUGGAGCUAUCGUGCUUCCGCCUUCAUGUGGCCCAUGCAUUGGACUGGGCACGGGCCUGCUAGAGGAUGGCGAGACAGGAGUCUCUGCAUCAAAUCGCAACUUCAAGGGCCGACUCGGAUCAAGACUGGCUCAUGCGUACCUGAGUAGCCCCGAAGUUGUGGCUGCGAGCGCCCUGAACGGCGUCCUUUCAGGCCCCGGCGUUUACAAGGUGCCGGAGAAUUAUACUGGGGUAGAGCACGGUUACGGCACCGGAAAACCUGCAACUAUCGAAAAUGAGCUCGGCAGUGCCCUUGAACAGCUCGAGUCUCUCAUCGACAGAGUUCAGACGACUGCUCCUGUCAGCGACGAUGCUGCCCAAGCAGUCACCAAGAUCCUCCCAGGCUUCCCGACCAGGAUAACCGGUGAAAUCGUCUUCGCUGAUGCUGACAACCUGGACACCGACAACAUCUACGCUGGCAAAUAUACCUAUCAAGACGACAUGACGACCGCAGAUAUGGCCAAGGUCUGCAUGGAGAAUUAUGACCCUGAGUUCCGGUCUAUCGCAAAGCCCAACGACAUCCUCGUCUCAGGGUUCAAUUUUGGGUGUGGCUCAUCAAGAGAGCAGGCCGCAACAGCUCUUCUGGCUCGGGAUAUCUCACUUGUUGUGGCGGGCAGCUUCUCCAACAUUUUUGUCCGGAACGGCAUCAAUAAUGCACUGCCCUGUCUAGAACUGCCACGUUUAGUGGAGCGUCUCCGUACCACCUUCUCAGAAGGCAAGGUCCCUACCCGGCGUACAGGCUGGACCCUGACAUGGGAUAUUACCCGAAGCACUAUUGAGGUACAGGAGGGGGAGAACGGGGAACGGUGGGAGCAGAAGGUUGGAGAGUUCCCUGAGAAUCUGCAAGCGAUUAUAGCAAAGGGGGGUUUGGUAGGAUGGGUCAAACACGAGCUUUCCAAGGAUGCUUCAUAGAACGCAGUGUGGAAAAAUAAACGUUAAUGUACUACUCCGCACACGAAGUAGAUAUGUAGAGAGACAAUGAACCUCGUUGUGAG